UUUUGGUUCUUGUUUGUUCAUAAAUGGCUAAGGUCUACACUUUGGCUGAGGUCUCCCAGCACAACAGCGCUAAGGAUUGUUGGUUGGUUAUUAGUGGCAAGGUAUAUGAUGUAACAAAAUUCUUGGAUGACCACCCUGGAGGUGAUGAGGUUCUGAUAUCUUCAACUGGAACGGAUGCGACUGAUGAUUUUGAGGAUGUUGGCCACAGCAGCAGUGCUCGAGCAAUGUUGGAUGAGUACUAUGUAGGUGAUAUUGAUUCAGCAACCAUUCCCACCAAAACCAAGUAUACUCCUCCCAAGCAGCCUCAGUACAACCAGGACAAAACAUCAGAGUUCGUCGUCAAGCUCCUCCAGUUCUUAGUUCCCCUGAUUAUUUUGGGUGUGGCUUUUGGCAUCCGUUUCUAUACCAAACAGUCAGCAGCUUGAAGAUGGAGUUUAUGGGGAAUACAUAGUAAGUGUCGAAAAGAAA